AUGUCGCCAACGGAAGCGGUCUCGCCGUCCAAUUUCGGUGCACCGAAGGCCAAACGCACAAGAGUUGCGCUCGCAUGUUUGAGAUGUCGGUCAAGAAAGCAGAAAUGCGACGGAGCCCAAGAAACGUGCUCGACGUGCCGAAGACUUGGUCUACAAUGCCAAUAUAAGGCGCAUAUAACACCAAGACCGGACCAGAAACGUAUGUACAUUCAGGCGCUUGAAGAACAUAUUGCCGGUUUGGAGCAACUCCUUGCAGAGUCUCACGAUAAUGUUACCGUUGAUCACUGGAAAGAAAGACGACUCAAAAUUCGUCGGGACAGUUACAUGCUGGACGACAACGAGGCUAGAAGCUCGCAAUGUCUUCCUGCUACGACUACAGACCCUGUCUGGAAUGCCAUUAUCAACUCCGGUACUGACGCAACUGUGGGACGCCUCUUCAAGUCCGUGAUUCAUCACGACUUAGACUGCACGAAGACUUUUGAUCAGUUGGUCGCCAGUGCAAGACUGGCUGAAUUGGCACCGCCUGAUAUGGCGUUAAAAUUAAUCGAAGGCUACGUGAAACACCUGUCAACUCAAUAUCCUAUAAUCCACUCUCCGUGGCUGAGGAAGUUAUAUUCAAAGCCAAUCUCGUCCCUAAAUAUUUUCGAGUUGUGUAUUCUUCAUCUUGUUUAUGCCAAUAGCGGCCGUAUUCUAGAAGCGAUUGGAGAACCUGGCGAUUUUCAUGCGGAUCAACACUACGAAGCCGCUCUUCAGCAUGUUGAUUUCGUGCUGGCAUUAAGAGACAUACGUUCGGUUCAGAUUCUGCUUUUAUUGGCCUUGUACUGUUUGAGAGGUUCCCGUAACCCCGGAGCAUGGACUCUUGCCGGUCUAGCAGUACGACAAUGCAUUGAGCUUGGAUUACACCGAAAGUCUAGUCAUGAUGAAAUCACGAUUGAGAAAGAAUUGAAUGCGCGAGCCUUUUGGUCCUGCUAUUAUCUGGAUAGAGGAGUUUCAGUAGCUCUUGGACGACCCCCAGCUAUAUCAGACGGCGAUAUUGACGCUGAGUUCCCGCUUGAUAUCGAUGAGCAUAUCGACGAUAUAAUCAGCAUACAUCAAGCAGCCCAAAAUAGGUCCCCACUUCCGGCACGUCCUCCUUCAACUCUGACUCCCUUCAUUCACUUUCUCAGGCUUCGAAUGAUUGAGUCCAAAAUUGAGCACGUUAUCUACCGGCUAAAUAGGAAAUCACCGGCGAAUCCUAUCGUGAUUCAAGGAUUCUUGGAUCAGUUAAUAGCAUGGAAAGACGCAAUACCAGUUGAAUACUACGAAAACGUAGACUCCAGUGGGCCACAUAGUGAUGUGGACGCAUUUUUGAUACCAUACUAUAAAUGCGUUCGCCUUCUAUUAUACUCUCAACUCUCCAAGAAGGAGCUCAAUAUGCAGUAUCUACGCAUCUGCGCAGAUGCCUGUGCUGGGCUCUGUGGUGCAUACAAACGUCUGAAUAGAGCUCGCAGGGCUGACUGCUCGCCUUUGGCAUUACAAUCAUUAUUCUUAUGCGGGUUAACACUGCUUUAUUGUGCUUGGCUUGCUCCUGCUGGCUACCUUGACGUUAUGGAUGCGAUUUCAGAUUGCAAUUUGAUGCUCUAUGUCAUGUCUGAACGAUCAUCAGCGGCUCAAAAGUAUCGUGAUAUUUUUGAACGUAUCAAAAUGAAUGUUUUGGACGUGGUUGAGCGAGGUAAUGAUCAAGGAUCGCGGGAUGGAGGAGUGCUCGACGCCGAAAUGACGGAGCGAUGCCGAGCUCUCGAUGUUGGCCUGAUCCAGACAGUUCGCACAGACUACGAGCAGAUCAUAACAGAUCUCGCCAAAGACACAGAUCGGAUUGGCCUAUCCGAGCAGCAAACACCGGACUCAGAAAUUUACAACCAUCAAAAUGCUGCCUUCGGACUAACAACUCCUCCGCAAUGGAGCAUGUCUCCGGGGCCGCUCCUGGAUUAUGGUGUGGGUCAUACGUUCGGUACAUUCAUUGAUGCCGCUUUCAUGUUCAAUCUUGAAGACUUUGGUGGCUUCAACGGGGGCAUCUCUAAACCCGAUGCGUUAUGAGUGCCGUGAUAUCAAUGACAAAACUGCAGAUCUCGCCCUGUUGAGUGGGUAGGCUUUGAUUAGUACAUUUCAAGCAAGCGCAACGGAGUGCCU